AUGCACGCAGAAAAUAGAUAUCCAGUUACUGCAUCUUUAUUCAUGUUAAAAGAGAUUAAACAUCGCCAAGAACAAGUUAACCGUGGUUACCAGCUUCUUAAACGGAAGGCUGAAGCCCUUCGCAUGAGAGGAAGGCAAGCCGCCCUUGAAUUGUCAUCUACUCAAGCCAUGUUAGGCCAUACAUUGAGGGAGGCUUAUAUAUCGCUGGCAGCUAUUAAAUUUACUAACGGAGAAUCCAAUGCAUUAGUUUUAGAAAAUGUGGGACAAGCCCAAGUUCGAGUUCAACGGAUUCCGGAAAAUAUAUCUGGUGUAUCUACGGUGGCUCUUCAAGCCUUAGAGGAUCCAGGUGCUGGAGAUGCAUUGCGGUACGCUGGACUCGGGGCCGGCGGUCAUCGUACCGGGGAGGCUAAGAAAGCGUUCCGAGAAGCCGUCCUAAUCCUCAUUAAAUUUGCGUCCCUAAGAAACACUUGCAUAUUGUUGGAUACAUCUAUUAGAUCCACCUUAAGAAAAGUGAACGGUAUAGAAAAAGUAAUCAUGCCGAAACUACGUAACACUGAAAACUAUAUUUUGACGGAAAUGGAUGAAAGGGAGAGAGAAGAGUUCCAUCGCUUGAAGAUGGUGAAAGCGAAAAAGAUUAGAAACCAAGUGCGUAGUAUUGUGCGGCAAGAUGACAGCAAUGUUGGCGGAGGAGAGUCGACGGGCAUGUACCAUUUCAACAUGGUGGGCGUAGCCAUGGUGGGGCAGAUGGGCCACUUGUUCCCGCCUAUGUCAUUGGCAAAGCUUGCCCUCGAAUCAACAACGCUGUCAGUUAGCUUCAGUACUGUAGAAUACUUCAGGAGUAUUCUGGCUUGUAAAUCGUCGCUUUCCAUGUCUUCAGAGUCUGGGGACCUUAAGCCCAUCUGCCUGCCUCAUAACUGGGAUGAUGACGACUUAUUAUUUUAA